AAAGGAUAUGAAGUCCAGAGGGGUACUUGUCUGACACCAACUAGAUAUAAUUGUUCUUUCUUCACCAUUCUCCAUCUGCUUUCUCUUCCCCCCUGUAUUCUCCUGCUCUCUGAAAUUACUUCUGAACUACCUUUCCUCCCCUUUCCCAAAGCUUUCCCAAUUCUCACAUUGCUGAUCCCAAACUGCAAGUGUCUCUCUGGUAAAAAGAUGCUGCCCUCCAACACCAGUUAAAUGUGCACUAAGAAGACUCUGAUAUUAGUAUUUGGAAUAGAUCUGGAUUGCAUGAAGGUUCCAACAACAAGAACACACAUGGAACCCUCAAGGUUAGCAAAAUAAGCAGAACCGGAUCAGCCACAUUAGACACUCGAUCGCCUUCGCCUAUGGCAGAUCUAUCUUCUCCCAUGUCAAAACCACGUGUUUCAGUUAAUCGCUCGCCCAAAUCAGCUAAUUCAAAGGCUUCAAACAAGAAAAGCUCUACUCCUGAUAAACUACCACAAGCAGCAAAAGCAUCAGAGCUGCAGGAAAAAUUGGAUGCAGUUGAGAUGGAUCUGAAGAAAGCAAAGGAGCAAUUAGCUUCUGUCGAGCUAGAAAAGAUGAAAGCUAUUGAGGAAUUGAAUAAAGUAAAGAGGUCAGCUGAUGAGGUAAAUGAGAAAUUCCAGGAAGCUACUGUUGCUAAGAAGAAGGCUGAGGAGACUUUGGAGAUCGAGAAAUUUCGGUUCAAUGAAUUGGAACAGGCAAGCAAAAAAGCUGACCGGAAGAGGGAAGAGGAAUUCCAAAAGGAACUCGAAAAUAUUCAGAUCCAACAUAAUCAGGAUGUUUCUGCAAUGAAUUCCAUGACUCAGGAACUCCAGAGGAUCAAGAUGGAGCUCAUAGAUGUCACCAAUGCAAAAGAAAUUGCAUUAGUCCAAGCCACUGAUGCAAAGAAAACUGCUGAAAUAUAUGAAGAGAAUGUGGAACUCUUGUCCGAGGAAGUCAGUCAAUUAAAGGCCUUGCAUGACUCCAAGCUGGAUAGUGUGAACAAAGAAGCAGCAGAUACUGUCAAAAAGUUGGAUGCUGAAGUAACUACUCUAAAAUUUGAACUUGAAAGGGCAAAGACAGCCGAAGAGAAGUUGGUUCAGAUGGAAGCAUUGGUUGAAAAGCUUCAGUUAGAGGUGAUUGAUGCCAGGAAGGGUGAAUUAGAUGUAGCUCAGCUAGUCGAUGAGUGGCGGAAGAAGGCAGAGAUGCUAAAGAUUGAUCUGGAGGAAGCUUAUCAGUCUGAGAAAUCUGCAUCUGAUUCUCUGGCAGCCAUGAUGGUGAAAUUGGAAGAGAGUAAAUCUCUCUUGGACGAUGCUGAAUCUGAAAUAUCUACUCUUCGAGGGACGAUAAAGUCAUUGGAGAUUGAGGUGGCAAAGCAGAACAUUGAUCUUGAAGAAUCAGAUAGGCAGCUAGAUUUGGCACAGCAAGAUGCACUGAACAUUGGAAAGACUGUUGAAUUACUAAAACUGGAACUUCAUAAUCUGGACGAAGAAAAGUUGUGGGCAAUUAACAGUGAGAAGGUCACUGCUUCAAAAAUCAAGAGCUUGAUUGAGGAGAAUAAUAAACUCAUGGAUGACCUCAAGAAUAGCAAAGAUGAAGAGGAAAAGGCUAAAAAGGCAAUGGAAGAUUUAUCUUCUGCAUUGCAAGCCAUGUCCAUAGAAGCCAGAGAAAAGGAUGAAAGGCUUUUAAAAACACAAGCUGAGAUUGAAGAAUCCCAAGCAGACAUAGAACAACUAAAUAUAGCUCUAAUAAACACUAAAGAAAGGUAUGAGGUGAUGCUUGACGAGGCAAGAUAUGAGGUUGUUUGCCUCAAGAAAAUUGUUGAAAGAUUCGAAACUGAAGCAAGUAACAUGAACAAUGAGUGGGAUGAAAAAGAGUUUAGUUUUUGUAACAAAAUUAAAGAGUUAGAAGAAGAAACUGUUACCCUGAAGGUUGAGAUGUCAAAAACGGUUGACUUACAGAAACUAGCUAAUCAAAAAACACAAGUAGUGAAGGAAGAUGUAACUGAGAUGCUUACCAAAUUAAGACUAGUGGAAUCUGGGGCAAAUUCUGCAUAUGAAGAAGCAGAAGCAUCAAAGUAUGAAAGUUUGCAAUUGAAGGAGACAUUGUUGGACAAGGAGACUGAGCUACAGAGUAUCACACAAGAGAAUGAUGACCUUCGCAUACAGGAAGCAGCUGCGACACAUAAGGCCAAAGAGCUGUCUGCAGCUCUUAAACAGGCCAUAUCAGAUAAGACCGAGGAAAACUGUGAGAUAUCGGACAGCGAUGAGUACAACCUGGAAAAAAGUGACUCAGAAGUACCUUACAAAAAUCUUGAAGAUCAUCAUAAAGAAGACCAUAAACAAAUAGAGAAGAGGAAAGAAACCGAAAAUGGUAAGGAAGAUCUUGUUGAAGUCAUGGAGAAUGAUUUAUCAUCAGAAAGGAAUCAUGAGGAUGAAUCCACUGAUGAUGAUCUGCAAUUAAAGAUGGAUGGCAGUAGCAAUAAUUUGACAAAUGGAAUGACAGGUAGCAUCGACAAUGGAACUACCUUGACCACCAAGCAGCACCAGCAACAAAAAAAGAAGAAGCCGUUACUCCACAAGUUUGGGAACCUACUGAAGAAGGGAAAUCAUUAGUAGGAUAGCAUCUGAAGUUUACAUACAUGAUUAUUUCGAUUGAUAUACUUUAUCAAUGUGCCUUGAGGUGUCAAUACGUUCUACAGCUUCUAAUGUUUGUAUUAUCCUAUUGAAAGAGCUUAUCCUAAAUUGUAUCAACACAUCAAAUCUGUCAAUCUUUUGUUCCUC